AUGCUUCUUCGAUAUACUAGUGCCAUGAUCGGCUUAGCAAGCCUGGUCGCAGCGCAUGGGUCGCACGACACAUCUGGUAACACAGCAAGCUCGUGGGCGGAAUACCAUAUGGCGGAGGAGCACCAUGUAUCCAACUUCGAUCCACCAUCCUUCUUUACCUUGCAUGAUUUCAACAGUGACGGUGCUUGGACACCCGAAGAAGUGCGCAGGUUCUAUGGGCUGGACGACGAAUCAUUGAAAGACACCCCGAUAGAUGUGAAGGACAAAGCUGUCAUGGACGUAUUUAAGAUAUUCGAUCCAACCCAGACCGGUCGUAUCACUAAAGAGUCCUUUCUUGAGAAGAUCAAGGCGGGCGCACAACUUCCUGACUUUGGCCUUGGGCCCGGACACCAUGGUGACGACGAAUAUGAGUACGAGAUUCACCACUUUGAGAAAUACCACGACGAGAACACACAGAUCGAGGACCUCGUUCACCCAGAAGACAUUGAGCAUUUCCGCAAGCAUGAAGAGAUGGAGCGAGAACAGGAGCGCAUUGAGCAGGAGCAACGGCAGCAGAUUGUAUUGAACAACAUCCCUCCGAAAUUCAGGAGGCAAGCCUGA